GCGGGACCCGCGGCUUCCAGCAGCUGCAGCGACGCCCGAGCCGAGAGAGCCCCCGCGUGUGCCCGCGGAGGAAGAGGAGAGUCUCUUUGCUGCGGCAGAUGUGUGUGGGGUCACCACACAGCUGGGACUAUGGUGAAAUUUCCAGCGCUCACUCACUACUGGCCCCUUAUCCGGUUCCUGGUACCUCUGGGCAUCACCAAUAUAGCCAUCGACUUCGGGGAGCAGGCCUUGAACCGAGGUAUUGCUGCUGUAAAGGAAGAUGCAGUCGAAAUGCUGGCCAGCUAUGGACUGGCCUAUUCUCUGAUGAAAUUUUUCACAGGCCCCAUGAGUGACUUUAAGAAUGUGGGUCUAGUAUUUGUGAACAGCAAACGAGACAGGACCAAAGCUGUUUUGUGCAUGGUGGUGGCCGGAGCCAUAGCUGCUGUGUUUCAUACUUUGAUAGCUUACAGUGACUUAGGCUACUACAUUAUUAAUAAACUGCACCAUGUGGAUGAAUCAGUGGGAAAUAAAACUCGAAGAGCUUUUCUUUAUCUUGCUGCCUUCCCUUUUAUGGAUGCCAUGGCAUGGACCCAUGCUGGCAUUCUCUUGAAACAUAAAUACAGUUUUCUGGUGGGAUGUGCCUCAAUUUCAGAUGUCAUAGCUCAGGUUGUUUUUGUAGCCAUUUUGCUUCAUAGUCAUCUGGAAUGCAGAGAGCCGCUUCUCAUUCCUAUCCUUUCUUUGUAUAUGGGAGCACUUGUUCGCUGUACCACCCUCUGCCUCGGUUAUUACAGGAACAUUCACGACAUCAUCCCAGAUAGCAGUGGACCUGAAUUAGGGGGAGAUGCUACAGUAAGGAAGAUGCUGAGCUUCUGGUGGCCUUUGGCUUUAAUUCUGGCAACUCAGAGAAUCAGCCGACCUAUUGUCAACCUUUUUGUCUCCCGUGAUCUUGGGGGCAGUUCUGCAGCCACGGAGGCGGUGGCGAUUCUGACAGCUACAUACCCUGUGGGUCACAUGCCAUAUGGUUGGCUGACUGAAAUUCGAGCCGUCUAUCCUGCUUUUGACAAGAAUAAUCCCAGCAAUAAACUGGUGAGCACUACCAACACAGUGACGGCAACACAUAUAAAGAAAUUCACCUUUGUCUGCAUGGCCUUGUCUUUGACGCUCUGUUUUGUGAUGUUUUGGACCCCCAAUGUUUCAGAGAAGAUUUUAAUUGACAUCAUUGGAGUGGAUUUUGCCUUUGCAGAACUCUGUGUUAUUCCUUUGCGCAUUUUUUCCUUCUUCCCAGUUCCAGUCACGGUGAGAGCACACUUGACCGGUUGGCUAAUGACCUUGAAGAAAACAUUUGUAUUGGCCCCCAGCUCCGUGCUUCGGAUCAUUGUCCUCAUCACUAGUCUUGUUGUCCUGCCUUAUAUGGGGGUUCAUGGAGCUACCCUAGGAGUAGGGUCACUCCUAGCUGGUUUCGUGGGAGAAUCUACCAUGGUUGCAAUAGCAGCUUGUUAUGUCUAUAGAAAACAGAAAAAGAAGACUGAAAAUGAGUCCGCCACCGAAGGCGAAGACUCCGCCAUGACUGACAUGCCUCCAACAGAAGAAAUUACAGACAUCGUAGAAAUGAGAGAAGAGAAUGAAUAAAGACACGAGACGACAUGACUGACCCCCCGUGCUGCAGAGACCGUUGGAAUAAUACUUCAGCAUCUUUUCUUCUUUCAUCCUGGUUUUUUUUUGUUGUUGUUUGUUUGUGUGUAUGUGUGUUUUUUUUUUUUAAUGAAAGAGGCCUUGAUUUAAAAGGUUUCAGAUAAAUUCUCUAGCAUACUGGGUAUGCUCACAUUGAUGUGGGACCUAAAGAGAGUCUUUUCUUUUUCUCUCUUUUUUUAAAUGGAAUUCAUUUUUCUGCACCAUUAAAAACUAAAAGACACGGCUGCAUCAUGGUACAAGUUGUCUCCAUUGUUGAAGCCUUCACUUCCAUUGGACAAUCUGCAUUUGUCUACCAAAGGACUGCUGUGUCUCUGUGCCAUUGGCUACAAGGCCACCCGUGCCCUCCGGCCACAAACUCAACUCCAGUUUUUUGGUUUUUUUUUUUUUCCUUUCCUCCUUUUUAGGAUCACAAGGUUGAAAACGGUAUCUAAACGUUGUUUUCUUUUACUUGCUUGACAAUAACUUGGCUGUACAAACAGAUAUAACCUUUGUGGCCUAAUAUAUUCCUCUUGCCCAUGGAGUUAAAAACUGCCUACUAUUAAAAUUCAGAGGGUCAAGAGGCUAAAUUCAGGAAGAGUCAAAGCCUAUUCAAAGGAAAAGAUUGUGAAUGGACGUCAUUGAAAUAUGGAAAUAGUUUUUUUUCCUGGUCUGAGACAUCAUGGGGGUAGCAAAACUGCAUUUCAUUUACAUAGGAGGAUUCCAGUUUUGUUUUGUCUCUUUAAUAUUCUGCUAUAUACGUCAGUGUUUUUUAGUCAUCGCAUAGCACCAAAUUUCUAGUUUUUUGCAUGCCAUUACCUGCUUUUCAUUCUCCUGUCCUGAAGGUGGCACUACAGGUAGCCGAAUGGAGCAUUCUAACUUUAUUUUUUUUUUUUUGGUUUUGGUUUCUUCAAGACAACUGAAAGCUUUAUCUAAGUCAUAAUCUAGCGAUCUUGUGCUGGAUUGGGGUAUUAAUAAUUUUUUAGGUAUAGUUUAUUGUAUCAUUCUGCCAUUCUUAUAACUUUGUGGUACCUAUAACUCAUGGAAUGCACUAGGAUAUAGCCCUUUCAUGCCAUACAAUAAAAAGAAGACACUUUAUAAAAUUACUAAAAAUCACUAUGUGAUCUUCCCUGAAAUUAGGCAUUUGGAAUCAAUUUAGUAAAGUAUAUUUUUCUAAGUUUCAAAUAUUUUUUUUUUCUUUUUUGAAUUUUGGACGUAUUUAGUUUACUAAAUUCUUGGCUUAGUCAAAACACUUGAAAACUGACAAAACCUAAAUAAAAUAUUAUUUUAAAUAUAUAUAUAUAUACUGUAUAGGUUAUGUAAUUUAUUUUAAGCUACAAUACAUUUCCUAUUUUUGCAUUUUCAACGAGAUGUCUUUAAUACAAUAUGUUGGUUGCCUGUGUGCAAAAAUGAUUAGUGAAAACAUAUUGUAUCAGUGAGCAUUGUGUCUUAGUUGCAGUAGUUGUACUUGGUUCAUUACUUGUACAAAUGCAUAAGAUGGAGUAAAUUUCUGGAGGGAUAUUUUUCAGUGUGAGUGAAUGGGGUCUAACUGGUCAGCCUAAGCAGAAAACAUUGAGAACAAAAUGGUAACAAUACUAGAUGGGCAAGGAAUACAAAGCCCUCUGGCUGGAGUUUUUAAUUUUGUUUUCAAUGUUGUACUUAGAUUAUUCCUCAUAAUAAAUUAACUAAGAUGAAUAAAGUCAACCUUGUAUAGGAAUAGUGUUGACAUUUAACUCUCUGGAUAAACAAUAUCCCUUGGGCAUGCCUACAUUGUAUAGAGGCCUAUGUACUUCCUAGUGACCUGACCUGUUGUCAUUUUUUUCUUAUCCCACAUAAUGAGAAUUAAGAUGUACAGCUUUACGACAACAGUAGGGGCAAAAUUCAGGAGUGGAGGAUGGGAGAAGAAACGAAUGUGGACAGAGAUCUUAUAUUUUUGUUUUAGGUACGUGGCUAGAAGUUUAAGUAGCAAUAUAUUUUAUAUGUGAGUGUUUGGUGCUUGUGGAAUUGAAGCUAGAUCUUUUUUAAAUUAAAAAAGUAAAUUCAUCCCUAAAAACCAGGUGAUUAAAGUUUCAUUAUUUUGAGUUAUACAGAAUUGUUGAGUUGUUAAAACUGAACUUCAGCAAGCCCCUUUCAAAUUUAACCAUUCUUGUUAAAAUAACAAAAAAUACAAAAGAGCAACAAUGAAUGCAAGUGGGAGAAAUGAUUCCAGUGCUUUCUUGGAAUGCUACAUACCUUUCCCAGGGGGAUUCGUCUUGAAGAAGACUUCCUGUACUCCUGUCAAAGGAAUGGAUUUAACACAGACUUGAGUUCAAAGUUGAAAGUCUAUGACAGAUGUUGUCUUCUAUUGUGAAUAAAGACUUCACAGAAAGAAAAAAGAAUAUGAAAAGUGAGGAACGGGGAUCUGGUCGGACUAGGGAUAGGCAAAGUAGACAACAACUGGGCACACUGCUUAAUCUUUUAUAAAAAUGUCCAUUUUAUGUUAGAAAAUCUUAAUCUCUGUGAAAUAUAGGUAUUUAUCUUGUUAUAAAUUAAGCCACAUAUCCCCUCCCCCACUAAAAAUGUUCUUAAGCCUCUGGUAGAGAAGUAGCCCGUGUAAUUUUUCAGUUCUUAUUUAGGGCAUGUUUUGUCUCAUUUCUAGGUGCAACAUGUUUGCACAUUUUCCUCCCAAAUUGUUGAGAGAGUUGAUGCCAGUCCUUGGCAUAUUGACACUAAGUUUAACAUGAAAGUCAAAUAACUGAGAGAGUGAUUAAAUAGAUUAUCUCCCUAGUGAAAUAAGAACAAGAGCUAUGGAGAUGAUAGGAUUGACUCUCUCUCUAUUAUUGGCUCUUUUCAAAAUUUAAAAAAAAAAUAAGCCUGAAGGAUAUUUUCAUUUGAAAAUUUAAACGUUAGCAUCUCUGAUAGAUAAUUAUCCUGAACUAGAGAAUCUUCCUGUUUUGCAUUUUUUUUGUGGCUAGUGGAGGAGGAAGUUAUUUUUUAUUUGGUUGCCUUCAAUAUUUUUUUUUUAUUAAGCUGAUACAAGGAAAUAAUCCUGCUUAAAGGAGGAACUUGUGUCUCCUGGCACACAAAUCUUGCUAUAGAAAGGAAAUGGACCUCUAAUAAGAUAUGGACAUGCCAGCCAAAUAUCUCAGGGAUAGUUGAGAAAUUUAUUAGCAGGAAACCCAUGACUUAUCAUUUUAUAAACUUGGGGAUGCAAAGUUACUGUUUUGCUUUGCUAUGGCUCAUUAACCUAGCUCUCCUCUUUGUUUUCUGGGCUUGAAUCUGAGAUAACAGAAUGUACAAACAUAAUAAAAUGGGAUAAAUUCAUUCAUUUAUUUUUCAACUUAAUCCAACACCUUACUAUUUAUGCUAUGCAUUGAAAUGUUAUAGAUCAGUAGUUUUCCAGGGCUAGAAGGCCAGAAAACCUGUCUCAUAUAUAUUGGCUCUGUGUCCAUGGACAGGUUAUUUGACAGAGCCCACAUACAAGUCAAAGACAAAGUUACAAAUAAGCUGCUGAUCUACAUUAGGGGAGAAUUUCCACACUAGGAGUUCUCCAGAUGGAUGAAGUCAGAAGUCUGGACCAAAAAUUAAAAAAAAAAUCUCAUUUGUAUAGAAAGCAUAUUGUUUGUUUUUGUUAUCACACCAGAUCUUCAAAAAAGAUUUGUGAAGUGAUAACUUAGGCAUUUAUCCUCAUUUGAUGAGGAAGCUGAGUCUUGGCAGAGGUAACUGGUUUGUCCAGUCUUAUAACUUAUACAGUAAGUUAGAAGUGAAGGUAGGACCUAAACCUGAUAAGUCAGUGUUCUUUUCACUCAGUCGCUGAGCCCCAUGGGGUUUUGGCUGUAGACUCCUCUGCAUUUAAAGCAGGAGCUGUGUGGCCUUGCCUUGGCCCUCUGACUCCCACUCUGGCUUCCUCAGUAGUUUGCCUAUAAACAGCAGAGAGGUACUAUAAAUUCACAUUUAUGUACAGAAGGACUGACAUUAAAUUCCUAAAAUACUGGGGAAGGAAAUCGCUUGUUAUGAAUACUUUUCCAAACUUUUUUUUACUUUUUAUUUCUUCUUUUCUUUGAACUGAAGAUUCCUCUCAAUUUCUAAUUUAGCUAGUUUUUCUUCUGAGGGGAAAGUGGAAUUUGCAUGUCAAUUGAUUGUCUGAAAAUAAGUUGAUUUUAAAAAUCUAAAUAGCUCUCUGGAUCAGUUUUUUUUCCUUAUCAUUAAAGUAGUAGGAUGAGAAUAUAUUUAAAAAACAAAAGGGCAAACUAUAUUUAUAUAAUUGUAAUUAAAGAUAUUCAUUUGAGAAAUAUCUGUAUUAUAUUUUAAAAAAAAACCUUUCCAUUUUAAUGAACUUUAAACCAAUACUUAGGUUAAACUUUAUUGGUUAAGAUUAGAACUAGCCAUGGAGUUAGAGCUAGCUAUCUUCAUCUAGGGGUGAGCUGGUCUCUGAGCUUGGAGUGGAAUGCAGCUUGUAACAGGACCAUAAAUUUCUAUAAACAGAAAAAGAAAGGGUUUCAAAGGCUAGCAUGUGUAUAUGUGUCUGUAUGUGUGUGUGUCUGUGUGUCUGUCUGUAGUACACCUUUCUUGAGGAGUGUAAUCAUGGCUUUAAAAAACAUAGACUCAUAGGUAUGGUAAUACCUGCAAUGCACUUUCAGUUAGUAUCAUAAAAAUUGAAAAUAAUGGCUACCUUCAGAAAUCAGUGACUUUCACCAUUGCCCACUUUUAUACACACACACACGCGCGCGCGCGCAAGCUCUCUCACAUUAGAAGAAUUUAGCCCUAGAUCCUCCCUGUUAAAGGCAUGCUUCUUGUAAAUGUAUUAACAAGGUUUUUCUGUGUGUGGUUAUUCUGAAUCUCUAUUUCUGUAAUUUGAAGCAUCAAAGAUAUCAUGUGACAGAUCAGAUGAUCUAACCACUUAAGAAACAGGAUGCAUAGCAAAUCUGGAGAAAAUAUUUCUUUAAAAAUAUGGUCAUUCCUUGUUCCCUAUUUUUUCCAACAAAAUAAAGGUUUUAAAGUUAUUUAGAAACAUCAAAAUAUAAGUGAGAUGUUCUUUUAAUGGUUGCAAUAUUACUUCAUAAAGUAGGAAGAGCAUAAAAAUUAAGUUAAUUGUUUGAUCUCAAAGAAGAAAAGAAUAAAGAGGGAAUAAUAUGACCUUAUUUUUCAAGAGGUUCACUUUUCUUCUCUUAGGGAAGAUCAGGCAAGGUUAGACUUGUUCUGCUGCUAUAUUCUUUCUCUAAGAACUACACCAAAGGAAGAACUUCUGGAUCAGUUUAAAAAAACAAAUAAAUAAACCUCUCUUUUAAGUCCCAGUGGCUCUGGGGGAACUAUAGCCAGUAACUUCAAUAAUAAUUUUUUCUUUUUAUAUUUUUUCUGCCUCAUUUACAAUCAACCAGGCUCUACAAAAGACUACAUAUAUGCAUUUUUCUAAAAUGCUUUCAACACUAGGUAGAGUCAACAAGUUUGUUUUAAUAUAAUACCUGGUUUUAGCUUAGUAGGUAAAAAGUGCACUUUUCUAAAAUGAGACAACCUCAGCCAGCGGCAGUAUGUGUAUUUCAAGGAAAACUAGAAAUAUGAUCUCCUAAUAUAACAAGUGGUUUCUUAAUUUUUUUUCCCUCAAAAGAAUGAACCAGCUAAAAGUAAAUCCACUUGUUUACCCUUGCACUCCAUGGGAAAUUAUUUAGAAAAUAGAAUUUUUUUUUCCUAGGAAAAUUUAGAGACAGAGGUUCCCUAACUUUGGUCCUGGGGGCUGGUAAUGGUGCCUUGGGGAAGAGAAAAUGAAAAUUUCUGUAGGAGGGCCACUUCCUAGAGCCUAAACAUUUCUAAGGAACCUAAAAGUUCAUGUAAAGGACGGCCAAAUGAGUUAUGAGUUUGUUCUAAAAACAAUGUUGGUUGCCUCAGUGGCGUACAGAUGUCACUACCUGAACAUCCUAUGAAGUCAUGUGUCCUUCAAGAAAUGGUCAUUGUACAAAGGAGAAAUAAAUAACAAGCUCAUGCCUGGUAAAUAUAUUGUUGUGGAACUCCACAUGAAUAUUAUUGGGUUUUCUUAACCAUCUUCUAAGGUAAAUGAGACUAAAGUCUAAAAUUAGUAAGAAUGAAGAAUUGGAUAUAAGAGUUAGAAUGUAAUAAAUCCAUGAAAAUAGGAGAAGGUUAUUCUGUGUAAAUUGAGUGUCAGUUUCUUUCAAAUGAUGAAGCUUAAUUAUUUUUAAGAAAAAUUUCCGAAGAAUCAAGGACCCAUAACUAGAGGAUUUGAGUCCCACAGGAUUUAGAGAGUGACACAAAUGAGACUAAAAUUGGGGAGCAAGAGGAAGGGGGAAGAAGAGCAUGGAAAAUGGGAAUUUUACCUCGUUCAUCAUUUUAUAUCUAACAUUACAAGAGAUUCAGUUGUGUUGUGUGUUUAAAAAACUUUUUUAAAGGAACCUUGGGAGUCAUUGUGUAUGUGUGCUUUAGCUGUCAGUUUAUACACUUGUUUCACAUCAAAACUGGGUUUAAUAUAAACCAUUGAAAUCACUCACAUUAAAAUAUUUGUGCAGCCUUUUGAUUUAAAAAAUGACUGCAGAGGUCAGUACAAAGUAUGUAUUGCAUUAAUGAGUGCUGUUUAUGUAUUUAAUAGAGAGAUGUAAGUUUUUGCAUUGUUAAGAAAUUAUGCUUUUUUCCCUUUUUUUGGAUUUGUGCUCAGAUAUUUUGUCAAGUAGCUUUCAUAAUCUAAUUUACUUUAAGUAAAGCUCAACAAGUUUGCAUAUGA